AGAAUACAUGAAAUGGGAUGGGUAUUGUAAGGGAUGCCUUUAGGCAGUACAAACAUAGACCCUACAUUAAUGUUGCUGUGUGCCGUCUGCGAUCCUCGAAACCUCUGCUGAUUAUUUCGUGGAAUUUUCAUUGUCCCUCGAUCUCAUCCCCUCUACCCAAAUACCACCCUUUCCCCUCAUAGAUUCCAAAAUAGCCUUCCAAGGCCACAUUUUGAUUGACUAAAUGCUAAUAUCAAUUGAACAUUCACAGUAUUAACCAACAAAAGAAAAACACCCCUUCCGUCAGAGAAGUUUACCCAACUCUGGUAACCCGACGUUGCCUCUCGGGUAUUGAUGAGCGUUCUCUCAUCUUUAAAGAGCCAAGAUGCAAUGUCUAUAUGUACAAACGCUUCGCCAACAGUCGCCCUGUGAAAGAGGCUGUAAAACCUGCUGAGGUCGGGGUCAGGGUAGACAAAUAUUAUCGGCGGUUCGUUAUAUACACGGUGCCGUACACAACACACACAAAAAUGGCCCGAAUGGGGAGGAGUUUUCUGAAAUGGUGCCGUACAGAUUGGUUUUAAACUCUUGUGUAAUUGUUCGGCAUUCCAUGUUGAGUCAUUAUCUCAUUCGCCCAUUAUCAUCUCCGGAGUGACCGGCAGAAAUAUGAUCACAACGCAGACUUAUGUUGACAUGAACACGCCUCCCCUCUGCGCAAUAUGCGGCGACCGGGCUACGGGCAAGCACUACGGCGCGGCCAGCUGCGAUGGCUGCAAGGGCUUCUUCCGUCGCAGCGUGCGCAAGAACCACCAGUACACCUGCCGCUUCAGCCGCAACUGCGUGGUGGAUAAGGACAAGAGGAACCAGUGCCGCUACUGUCGUCUCAAGAAGUGCUUCCGAGCUGGGAUGAAAAAAGAAGGUACUGUACAGAAUGAACGGGACAGGAUCAGCACACGAAGACCCAGCUAUGAAGACAGCCUCAAUACAACGUCACUAUCGAUAGGACAACUGGUCAAUGCAGAAAUAUUAUCCAGACAGAUUUCUCCACAAAUGACCCUCUCAGAUACCAACCUAGCCACCAAGAAGAUAGCCAACAUGAACGACAUCUGUGAGACGAUGAAGCAACAGCUCCUGAUCCUAGUAGAGUGGGCCAAGUACAUCCCUAGCUUCUGUGACCUUCCCUUAGAUGACCAGGUUGCCCUCUUGCGAGCCCACGCCGGUGAGCAUCUAGUCCUAGGCGCUGCCCAGCGCUCCCUCCAGUACAAGGACUACCUCAUCAUGGGGCCGGACACCAUCUUGCCUCGUCACUGCCCGGAUCAGAUGGACAUUAACCGGGUGGCUAGCCGUGUCCUGGACGAGCUGGUCAAACCCAUGAGGGACGUGGGACUGGACGAACAAGAGUUUGCUUGCAUGAAGGCCAUCGUCUUCUUUGACCCUGAUGCCAAGGGUCUGAGCGACUCCAACAAGAUCAAAGCCCUGCGCUACCAGGUGCAGAUCCACCUGGAGGACUACAUCAACGACCGCCAGUACGAUUCCAGGGGGCGGUUUGGGGAGAUCCUGCUGCUCUUCCCCCCUCUGCAGAGCAUCACCUGGCAGAUGAUCGAGCAGAUACAGUUUGCCCGGCUGUUUGGGGUGGCCAAAGUGGACAAUCUGCUUCAAGAAAUGCUGCUUGGAGGUGCCAGUAAUGACCCCGCCCAGCAGCAGACGCCCAUUGGUCCUCACGGCACCCACCUCCCCCCGGGCACCACCGAGCACCUAGCCAACGGGCACACCAGCCACCCAGGCACCCCCAACUCCCUCCAGGCUGCGGUGGCCAACGCGGCCGCGGCCGCUGCGGCCGUCUCAACUCCACACAUGGAGACCUUCACCAAGCUGACGGUCAACUCCAGCCCCAGCACCGCGCAGGUCACCCAGGCGGCACCGCAGACCCCAUCGUCUGUCGCGGUACCCAUACACCUACCAAAACAAGAGACCGUCUAGGAGGACAUGUACAUUUGCAUAUUCUUGAACCAAGACUGUUUUUCGGAUUUUGUUCGCGUUAAAAUACAACUUGUCCUGUGGGGCCAAUUUCACGGCGUUGCUUAGCACAAAAAUGUGCUCAGCACAAAAAAAAAGUCUGGCUUAUAAAAGCAGGUUACCAGCCAAAACUCCACGUGAUGUAUAUUGCUCGUGAUUAGUAUUGAGCUGUUGUAUGCUUUAGCAUGAAAAUGACAUGGAGGUUUUGGCUGGUAACCUGCUUUUAUAAGCCAGACUUUUUUUUGUGCUCAGCCAAUUUUUGUGCUUAGCAGCGCCGUGAAAUUGGGCCCUGAUCUCUAGCAAGGAAGUUCAAGCUGCCGGCACGGUAGAGCGCGCUAUCAACAAGAUGAGGCAAGCAAACCAAAUCUGGGGAACUGGGGCUCUCAGACCCAAGAUAUUCUGAGCAUAUGAAGAGUUUUUUUCAAAAUGCAAUAAAAGCCAUUUUGUUACCCUUUAGAAUCCCGCCCUCUCCUGCCUGCCCAAAAUCAGUCUCGACGGCUUGUUUAUAGUAACACCUGUUAUACUGUUUUUAUUCUUUGAAGUUUCAUAACCGUGCAAACUUUUCACUUUUUUCAAAUGAAUAAAUCGCAUUUUGGAAAUAAACUCUUCAUAUACCUCAUGUGUGCUACAUGUAUAUAUAAAGCUAAUUCGCGUGUGGGAAGUAUGCUCAGAAUUUCUCGGGUCGAAGUACCAAAGUUCUGAAUAUUGGAUUGGAUUCAGUGUGUUGAAAUCGAUGUGCCCUUUUACGCUUGUCAGUGAACGGCUGUGUUAGGCUAAAAAAAAAAAUACAGUCGGUCUCUGGUCAGCUCCCGUCGAUGUUGGUCAUGCGCGUCAAUCUUUUUUGUCCCAAAUUUUUCUGCGGUAGCUUCAACAGCACCCUUUGUUGCCGCACCGCCUCGUACCAAGGAGCAAAAUGGCACAAAUGCAAAUGAUGGAGGCACCAAGGCAAAUGAGGACGCAGAAAUACAAAAUAGUACCCACUUUGUC